AUGAAAGUCAACGAAAACCAAGCUAUCCUCACACCCCGUCUUCUUCUUGUGCCGUACAGUUCGCACCAUGUCCCCACAUACCACGAAUGGAUGCAAGAUGAGGAACUGCAGAAGCUCACCGCUUCCGAGCCGCUAACGCUUCAGGAAGAGUACGCCAUGCAGGCAUCGUGGCGACAAGAUGCAGAUAAAUUAACUUUCAUCAUCUGCGCCUCACCGGACACACCGACAGCACCAUCAAAUCAUUCCACCCUGGUCAAAGUCACUCCCGGAACAGAAGAUGCACCCGAUCGUAUGAUUGGGGAUGUGAACCUCUUUUUGUAUCCGUGUGAGGAAUGCGAUGAUGAUAUAGGGCAGCAAGACAGUCACGAGACUGGAAAGGUGGACGCGGUUGGCGAGUUGGAAAUUAUGAUUGCCCAGCCUGGCGCGCGAGGAAAGGGGCUUGCAAAAGAAGCGUUGCAGGCAUUCAUCUGGUAUAUAUCUACCUCGCUGCGAAGCAUUCUGGAGGAGUAUGCAACAGGUACAAACGACAUGGACAAGCUCAAGUCUCUAAGCUACCUGAGAGUCAAGAUUGACAAAGACAACACCCAGAGCCUCAGGUUGUUCAAAUCGUUGGAGUUUAGUCAGGUCAGCGAGCCUAAUUAUUUUGGAGAAGUAGAGCUACGGUCAAAGGCUAUACAUGAUGGGAUAGCUGAUGCUACUGAGUUUGCGAGAAAACUAUCUUACGGAGAUUGA